UUAUAUUAUUUUAGUCGCGAUUAAAUUUAUUUAGGAUUCAUGUUUAUUUAUAUCUUUCUUAUUUGCAUUAUAGCGUACCCAUUUCUGAUGAACCGCGUUGUGCACUUUAUAUGUUUUUUUUUAACCCGGAACGAUCGUCUGACAAAAAGGUUUCCCUAUCCUAUGGACAUAAUAGCGCAUCGAGGUGGAUCCUUUAUUGCACCAGAAAAUACAUUAUAUGCUUAUGAGAAAGCAUUAAACAUUGGUGGGACUAACAUGCUUGAAAUGGACGUGUGGAUGUCUUUCGAUAAGAAAAUCGUUGUUUCACAUGAUGAUGACUUGAGUCGUACAUGUGGAAAAAAGUAUGAUAAUGUAAAGAUAUCCGAGCUUGUCGUAGGUGACUUUCCUGAACGUACCUUGCCCCAGUCCUUGAGAGUUAUUCCAUUAUACUACAAAAAUGGAGAUAAAACAUUCUACGAAGCAUCCGCUGAUGUACCCAUUGAUAAUAGAACUCGAGUCUGCUUGCUGACUGAAGUCUUUGAGAUAUUCCCGAAUAUACCUAUGCACAUAGAUAUAAAAGUCUUAAGUUCUGAAGCAGUUUAUGCUGUACUUGAUAUGAUUCGAAAGUAUCACCGUGAGGAUUUUACCAUUGUUGGAAGUUCUGUAUCAAAAAAUAAAGCAUAUAUAAAGAAGUAUUUCAUAAAAAAUCCCGAAAUUCAAUCAAAUUUUCGUAUUUUUGCGAAUAAAAGAGAUUUCUUGUUUGUUUACAUAUAUUAUUAUUUGGGUUUAUUACCUUUCAUUAAACAAGAUUUCGACGUUUUUUCGAUUCCCGUAUACACAACCUCUAUGUGUGAGGUGGCAAAAAGUGAGUAUGGUUACACAGCAUCGUUAUUUGUGUCCUUUUUACUAAAUUCACCAACCUUGUGGAAAUAUCUUCAAUAUCGUGGUAUUCCUGUUUUGGGUUGGGUUAUCAACGGUUACUCUAAUCUCGUUCAGGCCUCUCGUUGGCCUCUAAAUGGUAUUAUGACCGAUGAUCCACUGUCUUUGUUUAAUUUAAGGCAAUCAAAAAAGAUAUCUUAACAUUUUCUCUAAGUUAUAAUUUAUUGUACUUAAAUUCAACGUUACCUGCUGUCGACAUUGCCACGGGACUGUCUAUUGUACUGUAACUCUUUAACAUUCAUUUAUCAAUUAAUUCUAUUAAAUAAUGUACCAUCUUAUAAAAUGUCUAGAAGCUUUUUCGUAUUUGAUUUUUACAAUUUAGCAAUAUAUUUUUCACUUAUCAAUGAUAUCAUCAUUCUUUUGUUGUACUUUCGCCAAGUUGCCUCAGUUUUAGAAUUUCCAUUUUUUUUAAAUGGCAAAUAUGAGUGCUACAGUA